UCCGCGUCGCCGGCAGCACCAAGUGUGCAACAGUUACAGGAUCAGAAACGGCCACGGGCAUGUGAAUCCUGUCGCGGUUUGAAAGUGCGGUGUGAUCCAAACGCGGAUGAUCCUGCUAAACAGUGCAAGAGAUGCGCCAAGGCUAAUCGGGAAUGCGUUUUUACGACUCCAUCGAGGAAACGGCAGAAAAAGGCGGAUACAAAGGUUGCAGAGCUGGAGAGGAAAAUUGAUGCGCUGACGGCUAGUCUGAACGCGACCAAGCAGAUGGCGGCUAGGGCAUCGCAUGGGGAGGGUGAUGAGGAGGAUCACGAAGAUGAGACACCUACGGAAGUCGUGGUGGAAGCAGCGGCCCCAACCCCGGUUUCGGCACGUCCGGCAAAGCGAAGGAGGGAGAGUGAUGAGAACCGAGCUCAACAGCCGCUUCGAAGCGAUGCAGAAAAGUACCCCGUGUUCUACCCAUUCAUUGCUCCCAAAGGGACUAAAAUACCCGUGAGCACGUAUAUUAAACCUGCGGAAGGGAAUGCACAUCAGUACGAGUACGUGGAUGUGAUAGAUAGAGAAUUGUUGGGUAUAGAAAUGGCUAGGAAAAUAUUUGACCACUACGUUGAGGAUCUGGUACCUAAUUUUCCAGCAGUUGUGUUCCCACCCGGUACCACAGCCGAUGAUGUACGGGGGGAGAAGCCAACGUUGUUUCUCGCAAUUCUCGCUUCAGCUUCUAGGAUGAGUCAUCCGGAUCUUCACUAUGCGCUGCACAAGGAGAUUUCACGGGCUCUGGCAGAUAAGAUCAUGAUAAAUGGAGAGAAGAAUUUUGAGCUUGUACAGGCGUUACUGGUAACGGCUCUAUGGUAUUAUCCACCAGAGCACGCCGAGGAGCUUAAGUUCUACAUGCUCACGCACCAAGCCGCUGUCAUGGCGCUGGAAAUUGGGCUUGGCCGUAAGACCGUUUUGUCAAAACCACGGGUACCAGGAACUUGCUCGAUGCCGGGUGCGAUGCGUCCGGGAGAAGGUAUUGGACCUUCCGGGAUGUCGCAUAGACCUUGGGUUCCUGGCCCAGGCGGGGCGCAUCCUCCAUCAGGCGAUCGAAAAUACGGGUUUCCAAAGCCCUCGCCAGCACCCAUGCCCAGAAGCACUUACCCAGACUCGUCCACGCUCGAGUCACGAAGAACGUUGUUGGCUUGUUAUUGGACCUGCUGUAAUGUUUCUAUGGCUUUACGAAAACCUAAUAUGUUGCGCUUCACACCAUUCAUGGCUGAAUGUGUGCAGGAGCUGGAAACUAAUCCUGGGGCGGAAAAAACAGACAUCAGCCUUGCUAAUCUGGUUAAAGUGCAAAAGAUUGCGGAGGAUGUGGGUAACGAGUUCGCUUUUGACCAGGUAGAUGCAGUGGUCAAUCUCCAGGAGGAAAGGGUCCAGCUUAAACUCCAAGAGUUCAACAGGAAGCUGAAGACAUGGAGGGAGGAACUUCCAGAAAAUGCUUGGCAUCGUAAUACCACGACUUGUCAUGUAUUUUAUUCUUAUGCUGACUUUAUGUAGCACAAUUGGAGAUGUCUUUCCACAUAGUUUCGAUUUAUACCAACGAAAUUGUUCUUCACAAUAACCACAAUGUUGACGACUUCCGCCCUCCUUAUGCUGAAUCAUUACUUGGACCACCACCAACUUCGUCUCAACCCCUUACUCCCCUGCAUCUCAACUCAAUCACAACAUGUAUGUCUGCGGCCCAUACCGUGCUAUCCACAUUUUUCUCUCUUCCAUUAAUUGCUGCACGGUCCGUUCCAAUGUUCAACUUCAUCCGUUGCUCCUAUGCCUGCGUCGUCCUAUUGAAAAUAUACUUCACUGCCUCGUGCCCGAAAUCGGAUUUGGGAAAACACCUAGACCGAAACAGUCUUAAAAUAACACAUUUCCUAGAUCGGCUGAUCUCGAGACUGGAAGAGAUAGCUGCAGAUGACAAGUGCCGGGGCGCUAAGAAGUUUGUGGUAAUGGUGAUGAUGCUAAAGACGUGGUACCUUCGACAA